AUGGCCAGCAACACCAGUACCAGUGAUGUGGAGGGCCAGCUCAGGAGCCCCAGCCAGAAGGUGGAAAAUAAGCAUGAGGAGAAGGUCCAGGAUCCUGACAGAGAGAAGCGCGAGCCCAAGGCAGACAUGGGGAGCAAAACCUGGGCAGACCUGGCUGGGGAGAUGAAGAUUUUCUUGUGGAACCCGGAGGAGAGAACAUGCUUGGGGAGAACAGCCAAGAGCUGGGGCUUGAUCUUACUGUUUUACUUCAUCUUCUACACGUGCCUGGCGGGAAUGUUUGCCUUCUGCCUGUAUGUGAUGCUGCUCACGCUGAGCCCCUACACGCCCCGGUACCGGGACCGUGUGUCCCCACCAGGAGUGAUGAUCAGACCAUACUUGAACGGCUUCACCAUCGCCUUCAAUGUCUCCCAGCCCAGCACGUGGCAGCCCUACGUGGACAGCAUGCACCACUUCCUAGCAGCUUAUGAUGACAAAGUUCAGGAGGAGAAGAAUAUCGAGUGCGUCCCAGGCCAGUACUUCAUCCAAGGGGGGAGCGACAGUGAGGAGAAGAAGGCCUGCCAGUUCAAGCGCUCGCUGCUGCAGAACUGCUCUGGCAUCCAGGACCCAACGUUUGGCUACUCCAGAGGCCAGCCCUGCAUCCUGCUGAAGAUGAACCGGAUCAUUGGCUACCGCCCUGGCGCCGGGGUCCCCGUGAGCGUGGAGUGCAAAGUGCAGAAAGGCAAUGAGAGUCACCUCAGGUCGGUGGAUUUCUACCCUGGGAAUGGGACAUUUGACCUCAUGUAUUAUCCCUACUACGGCAAGUUCACCCACGUCAACUACACAUCCCCACUGGUGGCUAUGCACUUUACAGAUGUGCAAAGGAAUUACUUGGUCCCCAUCCAGUGCAGUCUGAAUGGGAAAGGAAUUAUCAACGACCUGAACAGCGACCGCUUCCUGGGCCGAAUCAUCUUCACACUCAGCAUUGGGAAGUAG